CUUGUACUGUGGCAACACUUUUAGUUAUGGCCGAUAUUUCUAUUGGGUAGCACGCGAGCUAGUUUCCGAAUUUUUGUGUUGUAUUACAAGAAGUUUCUGUUAAUUCGGUGUUUGGUGCAAGUUUAAACUUGAAAUAAAUACGCUUUGUGUAAAUUUUGUGUUGUACGUGGUUACCAAUUAGUGAUAAUCAGUAAAGAAUGUUUGUUGUGUCUUCCUAGUAAUAGGAUCAGUGGUCAAUCUUAACUAUUGGAUUACGGUUUUGCUGGUUAUUCAAUUGUUGUGGACUCUAAGAUCAGUGCAGUGUAUCGAUGAGAGUGAGCCAGUUAUUGUAGCACGAGGGUCGCCACGCUGGUCGAACCACUUACUUAGGGGCGGUGUGUGAGUGCCGCACCGCCAUGUCGCAUCACAGCGAUGAGCAGGCGCUGCUCACGGUCGCCUCCGACUCCUUCUGGGAGCCAGGAAACUACAAAAGGACCACCAGAAGGGUGGACGACGGCCACAGACUAUGCGGCGAACUACAGACCCUAGUGCAGGAGAGAGCAGACAUAGAGAAAACGUACGCGAAAAGUUUGCGAGGCUGGGCGAAGAAAUGGAACGAUCUAAUUGAGAAAGGUCCCGAAUACGGCACAAUGGAGGCGGCGUGGAAGGGCGGCAUGGUGGAGGCGGAGCGGUUGUCGGACCUGCACCUGAGCGUGCGGGACCGCCUCGUCAAUGACGUCAUCGCGCAGAUCAAGAACUGGCAGAAGGACACGUACCACAAGUCAAUGAUCCAGCUAAAAGAGCGCAAAGAAAUGGACGAAGCGUUCAAAAAGGCGCAAAAACCGUGGGCGAAGUUCCUGCAGAAGGUGGAACGCACCAGGCUGGAGUACCACACCGCCUGCAAGCAGGAGAGAACCGCGCAGAACCAGGAGAGGAAUGCCAGCGGUGACAGCUCGUUAAGUCCAGACCAGGUCAAGAAAAUGGCAGAACGCGUCGCCAAAUGCCGCGAAGAGGUCUCCAAAAACCGGGAGAAGUACCAAGCGGCUCUGGCGGAGAUCACGGCGUACAACCCUCGGUACAUCGAGGACAUGACGGCUGUCUUCGAGCGCUGCCAGCAGAUGGAAGCGCAGAGGCUGACGUUCUUCAAAGACGUGCUGUUCAGCUUCCACAAGUGCCUUGAUAUUAGUAAAGAACCUACAUUACCACAAAUAUACGAAGAGUUCCACCACACGAUCAACAACGCGGACCACCAGAAGGACCUCAAGUGGUGGGCCAACAACCACGGGGUCAACAUGGCCAUGGCGUGGCCACAGUUCGAGGAGUACACGGAGGAGUUCCGGGACAUCGCCAAGGGCAAGUCCAAGGAGAGCCUGCCCACUGGGCCCAUCACGCUGCUGAAUCAGCGACCCGUCAGCGAAGACGAACUACCGCCGAUCACGAACAACAAGGCGAGCAAGAACUCGAAUCACUCGGAACCGCCGCCUGCGCCCGCGCACUCGACGAACAACACGGCGAACAACACGGCGAAUAACACGGCUAACAACACGAUCGACAAGAAAAGCAUCAGCGCGCCUAUCGCUGUCACGAACGGCACAGCAUCCGCACCGAAAUCGAACAAGACGUCUCCGGCUAAGGAUUCGCAGGGCAAGCAGGACAACCCCUUCGACGAGGAUGAGUGGGACGAAGAGUCGGCCGGCGCGCUCACGGAUACCGGUGAACCUGGUGUGCCGGUGCGGGCCUUAUACGACUAUACUGGUGCAGAGAGCGACGAAUUGAGCUUCAGGCAAGGGGACCUAUUCGAAAAACUAGAAGACGAAGACGAACAGGGCUGGUGCAAGGGGCGCAAGGACGGGCGCGUGGGGCUCUACCCCGCCAACUACGUGGAGCCCGUGGGCCACUAGCCCGUGGGCCACUAGCGCCCCACCCUGCCCCCCACCCUGUGCCCCACGCCACAAACCCCCACUCACAGCAACCCACACUAGCGGUACACGCUUACAAAACAGUGUACUUAUAGUUCCAAAAUACUGAACUGUCCUAUGCAUGACAUUGACAGUGGGGCGCCACCUCAAUACCGAAUCGCUGGUUCCGAUUUUUGCCAUGUUGGAAACCAGUUGAACGAUGGUAGCGCCCCCCUGUCAUUGAGUUUGGUGGGACAGUUCAGUGUGGGUCAUCUAUACCAUGAGUUUACGUUAGGUGUGCUCGCUAGCGAGUACGUCAAAAAUCUCUAUGAAGAUUUUGUUUCUUGAAAGUAGCCGCUAGGGGCGCUGCACAAUAUUUUCAUACAAUUAAUGUCAUUUAUUUACGUAGUCGCUAGCGAGCACACCUAAUGUAAACUCAUGGUAAGCACACAGUCUAUUCCACUUUGAUCACCUGACCUUGAUCACCCAGGUGAUCUAAGUUCACUUCCAGCGACAAUUUAGUGCCCUUUGAUCACCUACGGAUACGAUGCCGUGGGUGAUCAAAGUGGACUCCAGUUAAAUUAUUAUUUUAGUGUCCUUUGAUCACCUAUAAAAAGUCUAAAUCAUACCUCUGAAUAGUCACAUACAUGUCCAAUUUGUUUGUUGCGGUUUAUAGAAAAUAUCAAAAUGUUACAAAACAAAAUAUGUAAGUACAACAAUUGUACAUGUAAUUCAGAGGUGUGAUUUGUUUGUAGGUGAUCAAAGGACACUAAAUUGUCGCUGGAAAUCCACUUUGAUCACCUGGGUCAUCAAAGCCAGGUGAUCAAAGUGGAAUAGACCUCCGAAGCCAUGUUUAUCUAUCAAAUAGUUUUAUCAAUAUUAAAAAAUAACUUUAUAAUCCAAGUACUUGACUGUAGCAAGAAUCAAUUCCCACUAUUCGUUUAGUGACUUUGAUGUCUUGCAACUUGACCCGUUGCUGUGUCACCAUCUUGUUUUGUAACAUAUUCCAUUGUACAUCUAUUUUAUUUAGCUGUUAAAU